UCUCCAUGAAGGUGGGUGGAGUGGGCGGUCCUAUUCCGUCGCCCCGUGGGGGUGGAAUGGGCGGUACCAUUCCAUCUCCCCCAUGGGGGGGAAGGGGGCGGAUCCACUCACCUCCCGCCUCCAUAUCCACCGCGGUCACUCCUCACAGCGCCAUCUUCACUGGCGGGCGGGGGUGAGAAGCGGGGUUACGGCAGGCGGAGUCGAGCGGACGGAGAGCGAAAAUAGUUCCGCUAUAAUAACCCCACCACCCACUCCAGUGUGGCGGUACUUGCACUAUUUUAUUUUAGCGAUUUUUAUCACCGAUUGCUAUUACGGGAGUAUAUAUUUAUUUUUUUGAUCACGAGUUUGUGUGUUAAAUGCGAGCUGAGGGGGCGUUUGGUUAGUGUGGUGGGAUCUGUUGUCACCAUUAAGUUCGUAUUUAAAUGUUUUAUUGACUGCGUCUUACGGACUGGCGAUGAAGAACGACUACGACUAAGAACUAUUUUUGUAAACUAUACAGUACAGUACUCGUGUUGCUGAUGCAACAGCAGCAAUACUCUUGAGCAAUAUACAACAGUAACGCGAGAGUAAGAAUUGUUAAUUAAGGAACAUUUUAAAAGCUUGUUUGAAAACGAUGCGAAAAUCUUAACGAUCAUGGCCAACGAAGAUUGGAACCUGGGCGCCAUGAUGAUGAUGAUGGAUGGAGAAGGGGGUGAUGAUGAUGAUGUGGACGAUGAGGACUACUACGACAACGACGAUGAUGAUGUUGAUGAACGCCACGGCCUCGUCCGUGGCCGUGGGGUCUUGGCCCGUUCUCGUGCCGGGCUUAAGUCCGCGACCGGCCGAGUCAUCGCCGACCUCUUCAGGGUCCUGGCACCGUCUGUCCAGGCGAGUCCCGGACCCAGAGAUCGCCCCUCGGCGUCCCCUGCCUCUUCGGCCUCUUCGUCCGCGUCCUGCUCGUCCGAACGGGAACUCAUGAGGCUGUUGAGAGGCCUGCGGGACGAGGGCCUUCACCCGACGGUGCUACGCAGCAAGGACGUGUACGGGUACUCCUCCGUCACGAACACCCACCGCACUCCACCGCCUUCCGUCGCGUCGUCUCCUGCCUCCGUGUCGUCACUAUCGUCGUCGUCAUCGUCGUCGUCGAAUUCCUCCGUGACGUCCGCGGGCUCCCUGGACCCCGGCCACCAUUUCGGCGGUGGCAGCAGCGCCCCCCUGCGGCGGCGGCGGCGCCGCGUGGUGCAUGCCGGGAAGAGGCGGCAAAGUUUGAAAGCCCUCGUUGAACGUGGAGGCCGCGUCUCGUUGCUCGGCAGCGGCGGCCGGGCUGGCCGAGUGCGCAAGCGGAGGCCGCCUCGUCGACCCAGUUCGUCGACGUCCGGCGACGCGAGUGCCGAAAAGGGUCGAAGGGAACUGGCGAACCGGAGAGACCGAAACGGCGAGCCUUGGCGUUCGGUGUCCGUGACGGUCGGAGACUCGUCGUCGGACGAGGGGGUCGCGAUUGCGCGCAUGCAGGCGCAGCACCAGCUCCGGGUCAACCUGUCUCCUGUCAUCAGGCUACAACCACUGACCAUUUCUGUGGACGAGAGUGGCCGGCUGUGCGGCGUGAGACGCUGACCGUACCGCGGGUACGCCAAAGCCUAACGGGCCGAACCACAACAGAAACGAGGGAACCCCUCCUGUUUUGUUGGGCUUGUUCUGGUUUCUUUACAGCACAUGAGUCCUGAAGGACCGUCGACGAAAAAUGGGAUUGGGCCAGGCCUGAGCUGGUGAAGAGACGUUUCUUUCGGGAUGAUGAUGGGUGGUGCCCAACUUGGCUGGGUGACUAUUUCUGUGGUCAUGUCUGCCUUGACAAUUCCCAGUGAUUAUCUGGAACAUUUCAGCGAAGCUGCGUUUUGUUGUGAAGAUUCGUCGACGUGUGUAAAUAGAAAAAUAUACUGUGAUCCGGAUUUGUAUUUAUCGAUUUGUAUGCUAUAUUUUUUGUUACUUUGUAAAGCAUUUAUGUUUUUGUACUGAAAAAAGUAAGUGUAAUGAGCACCUUCAGGGUUGUGUGUGUAUCAGACCUGGAGUCAGAAUUUGUAUUGCAAGCACAGUGUAAUCGUAAUUUCAUCGUAUACUGCUGGUAUAAUUGUACAGUCUGAACCCGCUUAGCACGACCCAGUAGAACGCUGAUUCGUUGCAGCGCAGUUUGUUGUGGAAAACAUUUUUACAAAAAAAUUAAGAAAAUCAAAACGUAAAUCGUUACGAGUGAGAACACGCAGCUCUGGCCGAGGAAAUCACAAUUCAUGUCACGAUAUUAUGAGUUGUAAUUUUUAUGCCAUGAAAUCUUUACAAUAUGUAUUAUUAGUGCAAUUACUGAUACCGAAAUGGAGCCCUCUCAUAUUGCUUGUAGGAAAGAAGGCUUUCGAGAAUUAAUCACCAAAUAUACAAUGGUAUAAAUCUUGACUUAAAGCUUUCGUGACUGCAGGUAUUCAUAUUCUUUGGGUCUUUCGGUAAAGCCACGUGGAUAGAAAAAUAAAAAAAAUAUAUCAUGACGGUUCAAUCGCAACACAAGCAAUCGUCACCAGGUGAAAAAAUAUAGUGGGAGAGCUGCUGAGGGACAAUUUUUAUUCUAUCUACGUGGCUUUACCGAAAAACCCAAUGAAUACAAUGGUAUAAUGAUCCCGUUUCGUGCCAAUUUGAUUAGUGCUCAUUUCUCCAGGAACAUAUCUUGAGUACUAAGCGAGGUCUGCCUGUACUUCUAAUUGAUCCCAUGUCCAGUGUGUACCAGGAACGUUUUUUUGAUGACCUUUUGGUCAAGAGGGGGUUUAUCUUGUUCUUGUCUUAAUUACAUUUGUGAAAAGUUAUAUAUUUAACUGCAUCAUGCCUGGCAAGCUGUGCAGUAAUAUAAGGUCUUUUGUUGCACAUAUAUUUUGAGUUUUAAUUUGGUUUUAGGGUUCUUCCAGAAGGCACUCAAAUUGCCUAUGACAAAUAGACAAUGACACUUUUUCACAUGCAAUUGUCAUUGAUAGUGAGAAACUUUGAAACCGUACGGAAAAAAAUUGUGUCAUCCAAGAAAACUGAUCACAUUUGUCUAAUAAUGCCUCAAAAGUAAAAGGUCAGUGACGUUUUGGGCAAUGACCCCUUAAUAGCACAUUUGCCACAUUAUAUUUGGGUAGUGGCCUCUCAUGGCACAAACAUUUGUGGUAUAAAGAAGGGCCAUUCCCUGAAACAUCGCUUAUUUUCCCAUAAGGUAGUGUUUACCAAUGUGUUUUUUGUUAUUUGUGCUUAUGUAGCACUGCUGACACGGUAUGACUAAACUAUUUCUAAUAUAGAUGCAUUUCUUCGUCUUGAAAUGUGUAUUCUUAUCUUGCGUCUUCACGCAAAAUGGGUGCUUAGUGCCCAGUUGUGUUAAGACACUGGUGAACGCUGCUGGUCUAGAGGGGAAGGGCUCGACAUGACCUUAAUUUAUUGACCCCAAAGGACCAUGUAGAGUUGUACCGUAAUUUUAAGAAAAAUGUAUUCGGAUGUUUUUGUCCCUAUAAUAUGGCAAAGGUGUUGGUGUAAAAUACGUGUCUGGUGUGACCACGCACUCUUCUUGACACGUGGAGCUUGUUAAAGUUUGUGCCGUAAUCUACAAAUUGCCAGUUAAACAUUUGAGACAUUUGCUAUGCUAUUUUGGCCAACGUUGUGGUGACUAAUGAGAUAUUUAAGUUUUAAUAUCUGUUUUGUACACUAGUAUGCAAUAUGUUCCCUUACUUUUAAGGUUGAUAUUUAAUAAAAUAUGAAAAUAA